GAACUCGCCGAAAUUGCAUCUCACAAACGAAGCCGAGCGCUUGCAGUGCAGACCAGUGCGUCCCAAACAAACGUCCAACUCGAAUCCUUCAGCAUGUUUGCGCAGACACUCUGCUUGCUUGGACUGGCGCUUGGCGUGGUCUUGGCGCUGCCUGUUGAUCCCUAUGGCCCCUCGGCCUAUGCAGCGCCCGCCAUUUCCUAUGCAGCGCCCAAGCUGCUGGCAGCUCCAGCCAUAGUGCAGCACGCCGCGCCCAUUGCCGUUGCCAAAGUAGCCGUAGCCGAGCCCUACGAUCCCAAUCCGCAGUACAGCUUUGCCUACGGCGUCACCGAUCAUCACACAGGCGACUCCAAGCAGCAGGAGGAGACGCUCGUCAAUGGCGUAGUGCAUGGCAGCUACUCCCUGGCGGAGCCCGAUGGCACCAUACGCAAAGUCACCUACACAGCGGACAAGAUCAACGGCUUCAAUGCUGUGGUGGAGAAAAAGGGCGUGGCUCAUGUGAUUGCCAAGCCCGCUGUUGCUGUUGCUGCUGUGCCCGCCAUUACCAAGAUCGGCUACGCGCCCUCCGGCUAUGGUGGUCACUAUUGCAUCAUCAUUAUGAGCUGCGUGCUGUUUGCGCUAAGCGAGUGCGCGCUGCUGCCUGUGGACACAGAGAUUGAUCCGCAUCCGCAGUAUGCCUACGGCUACAGUGUGCAGGACGCGCUAACGGGCGACAGCAAGAGUCAGCAGGAGGUGCGCGAUGGCGAUGUGGUCAAGGGCUCCUACUCCGUGCUCGAUGCUGAUGGGCAACUGCGCACAGUUUACUACACUGCUGAUCCCAUUAAUGGCUUUAAUGCGGUGGUGCAACUUCAUUUGUCAGCCAAGCACAACACACACGCUCCUAAAUCCUUCGCAAUGGCACAGCAACUGUUAAUCCUACUGAGCGCCGUGUUGGCGGUGAGCCAAGCAGUGGUGGUGCCAGGUCAUGGUCUCGCCUUGCCCGCAUAUCCUGCCUACCCAGCAGCGCCAGCAUAUCCUGCACUGGCCAAAGUAGCAGUGGCCAAGGUGGCCGGCCCCGAGCCAUACGAUCCCAAUCCACAGUACAGCUUCAACUAUGAUGUGCAUGACAGCUCCACUGGUGAUGUGAAAAGCCAGCAGGAGUCGCGCAGCGGCGAUGUAGUCCAAGGCUCGUACUCGCUGAUUGAGGCCGACGGCACGCGUCGCAUUGUGGAGUACACCGCUGAUCCCGUGCACGGCUUCAAUGCUGUGGUGCAUCGCGAGGGCGCAGUGGUGAAGGCGGUUGCGCCAGUCGCCAAGGUGCUGGCUCCUGCUCCACUGCUGGCCAAGGCAUACGCGCCCGCCCUGGCGCCCGCUUAUCAUGCGCCUGCUCUAGCUCCAGCUUAUCAUGCGCCCGCCUAUGCCGCACACGCGUACGCAGCACCCGCCGCCUAUGCUGCUCCAGCUUAUGCUGGCUAUGGCUAUCAUUAAGCAGAAUGCGCAUUGCCGCCCACACAGUUGCCGACCCACUUGCCUGGCCCUUGCUCCGCCCACCCCCCGCAUCGCAAUGCGUAGCGCUGUGACCACUUGGUGGCCAGCACUGCACGUAGUCGUUAGUUGUAGCAUUAGUUGAAAUGAAAGCAAUUUAUGUACAUAUGAAGCAGCAGAAGAUUUCAUCCAGCAUCAUCUACAAUCAACCACCAACCAACAACAACCGCAAUCAAACUCUUGUCUACUUAAUUCUUAAGGCUGUUUUUUCACCGCGAUAAAAAAACACAAACCACUGUCUGUAAACAAUUUAAAAAACGCUCUUUUGCAUAUAAUAAACAACUGUUAACUAGA